UGGACACAAUAGUCCACAGGAGUGUCCACUGAAUGGCGCACGCUAUAUACAAAACUGAAAUAUUGAAAACCAGAAGCCCUGGUACUCCUAGCUGCGCUCCACCGACCUGUCUGCGCGUAUGUGACGCAUGGGAGGGGGCAGACUACUUAAAGGCGGAUUAACGCUGGCAAGACAUUAAAUCCAACCUCCCUCCAUCCAGACGCAGCGCGCAGCCCAUCAACCUGAUCUGAAGAUCGAAAAUAGGAGGGCUUAUAGUAAUCAGCCCUUCAGACUCCCAUGACAAGGAAAAGUGUGGAAACGUCGUGGGAGCGCUCGGCACACACAGCAGGACGUUCACUGGCGUUGCGCGCUCAGCACAUAACCCACCAGAUAGCGCGCAGAGAGACAGAGAGAAGCGGGGACGGCAGCAGCAUCCCGUGACGGAUGCAUUUUUUAGCUAAUAUCGGAAGGUUUGGAGACUGACACCAACGAGAGACAGAGAGAAGUAGGACGGGAAAUAACGCGCUUUUUUUUUGGAGGGAUUUGAACAGAGUACUGUUGUGCCCUUGUCUUCUCCGGAUGCUCAGAAAUGGGGGAAUGGACUAUACUAGAGAGGCUCCUGGAGGCUGCUGUCCAGCAGCACUCUACUAUGAUAGGAAGGAUCCUACUAACAGUGGUGGUCAUCUUCCGGAUUCUAAUCGUAGCAAUAGUUGGAGAGACUGUCUAUGAUGACGAGCAAACCAUGUUUGUUUGUAACACCUUACAACCGGGCUGCAACCAGGCAUGCUACGACAAGGCAUUUCCCAUUUCACACAUUAGAUAUUGGGUUUUUCAGAUCAUCAUGGUGUGCACCCCGAGUCUUUGUUUUAUCACAUACUCGGUGCAUCAGUCGGCCAAGCAGAAGGAGCGGCGCUACUCGACAGUCUAUCUGACACUAGACAAGGAUCAAGAUUCACUGAAGCGAGACGAAAGCAAAAAGAUAAAGAACACCAUUGUUAAUGGAGUACUGCAAAACACUGAGAACUCCACCAAAGAAGCCGAGCCGGACUGUUUAGAAGUCAAAGAGAUCCCUAAUUCGGCCAUGAGAACUACAAAGUCCAAAAUGAGGCGGCAGGAGGGCAUCUCCAGGUUUUACAUCAUCCAGGUGGUUUUCAGAAACGCGCUGGAAAUUGGCUUUUUGGUGGGUCAGUAUUUCUUGUAUGGAUUCAACGUCCCGUCGGUGUACGAAUGUGAUCGCUACCCCUGCAUAAAAGAUGUCGAGUGCUACGUCUCCAGACCCACGGAGAAGACAGUGUUCCUGGUAUUCAUGUUCGCGGUCAGUGGGUUUUGCGUGGUGCUGAACCUGGCUGAACUCAAUCACUUGGGCUGGAGGAAAAUCAAAACGGCCGUGCGAGGUGUGCAGGCUCGGCGGAAGUCCAUUUAUGAAAUCAGAAAUAAGGACUUGCCGAGGAUGAGUGUGCCUAAUUUUGGCCGCACUCAGUCUAGUGACUCUGCUUAUGUGUAACACAUGAGGAGGAGGAGGUGGAAGGUGUGAAAACAUGUAUAAAAAUGAAAAGAAAAAAAAAACAACAGAAAACCAUGAUGGACAUGAUGGACAGCUCCGCACGCCUAAAUUCGUGUCAUGACUUCAAGAGUGGGCAGAUUUUUUUGAUUUGUUGGUCUUUUAAGGACUUCAUGGCAAGCGUGGAUUACACGUUUGUUUACUUAUUUAUUAUUGCACUGAUGCAACUUUUUAGUAACGUUUAUACUCUGUAAGAUGCUAAAUGGAGACCAUGUUAACGUGUUCACAUAUUUACUCUUUGUGUGGGCUGUUCUGCUGUACUUGAAGAGAGUAAAUGCAAAAAUUGCACUAAGAGGUGAACACUUGAGAGCCUGACCUUAUAUCCAAAACGUGCUACUGACCUGACGGUGUUUGUAAGACAUUUACUUUCCACCUGUUUUUGGCACCAACCUGAUUAAAUGGCACAUACACAGUGGUUAAACGGACAAAAUCUACCAUCCAGAUUUAUAUAUACAUAGAUAUAUAAAUUCUUACUGACUAUGGUUCGACCUAGUUGAAAUACAUCAGCGUAAUUCAUGUUUUUUUUUUUGUUGCCUGUGUUGCACCACUGACCUUAACAUAUGUAACCAUUCCAUUGCUUUAUAGCUGACUUGCAAAACAGUAUCUGGUGAAUUUGCUGCAAACGCUAACGUCUGUGACUUCCUUAAUUUAUAACACACCAAAGCGCCCACUGCUUUUAUUUGUGAAGUGUUUUCUUGCUUUUGUGUAAUCAAGUGCCAUACUUGUAUAUAAACAUAAUAUAUAUGUAUACAUAUAAAUAUAUAGAUAUAUAAUAAUCAUCAUGAAAGCUGAUUCCCUGCUUGGAUUAUGCUAAAUGCCGCCCAAUUUUUUUAUUUGCUUUAAAUGUAUUUGUUGUGAUUUAAAUGAAAAGAAUAUCAAUAAUAAUAAUAAGAUAUACAGUUUUCUCUGUUUUAUUUUGCAAAUGACUGGAAAAAGAAAUGAAGUGCUAGUCUUUUUUUAUAAACAUGAAGGAAAUGAUCCCAAUCAAAGCUGAUCAAAACUGAAAAAUAGCACAAAUUGAGAUUUUUAUCAAAGAAUGGGCAAUAGAAAUCUGCUCUGGUGCUACAGUUUUUCAUUGAAUGGUUUUAAAUGUAACCGAACAGACCAGAAAAAAAACAAACAUCUUUUUUUUUUCUGUGGAAAAUAAAAGUGGGAUUCGUGUA